CUUGGCGGUAGUCAAAAAACGGAGCUAGAGGUGGGGCAGGACAGGCAAGGCGGGCAGCAGGCAGACAGGGGACCCAUAGUUUUGAGAAGCGACCCCACCAACCUGACCUGCAGAAAGAUUCUCUCGACUCAAUCGCAACCUCAGCACCCCGCGCUGUCUUCAAGAUGAUCACUAUAAAGGUCCCCUGCUCCUCCGCCAACAUCGGUCCCGGCUUCGACGUCCUCGGGAUAAGUCUAUCGAUCUGGCUGGAGCUGCAGGUCACGUACGACCGCAGCGUGGCCGCGUCCACCUACCCGCUCAACUGCAAGCUCAGCUACGAGGGCGAGGGCGCCGACCACGUCCCGCUCGAUGCGGACCACAACCUGAUUACGCGCACCGCGCUGUACGUCCUGCGCUGUCACGGACAGCGCGCGUUCCCGCUCGAAACCCGCGUCCACGUCAUCAAUCCCAUCCCGCUAGGCCGCGGACUCGGAUCCAGCGGCGCGGCGGUCGUCGCCGGUGUGCUGCUCGCCAACAUCACGGGUGAGCUCGGACUUGACAAGGACCGUCUGAUGGACUACUGCCUCAUGAUCGAGCGGCACCCCGACAAUGUCAUGGCGGCGAUGAUGGGUGGGUUCGUGGGCUCGUACCUGCGCGAGCUCGACCCGGUGGAUAUGGAGAGGAAGGAGAUCCCGCUUGCGGAGGUGCUGCCGGAGCCGGCGGGCGGCGAGGAUACCGGACUGGAGCCCCCGGAGCCCCCCGUUGGCAUCGGUCACUACAUCAAGUUCGGGUGGGCGAAGGAGGUGAAGGCGAUUGCGAUCAUUCCGCAGUUCGAGGUCUCCACCGCGGUUAGUAGGAGUGUGCUGCCAAAGAUGUACUCGGCAAAGGAUAUGAUCUUUAACCUACAGCGAUUGGCAGUGUUGACGACAGCACUCACCCGCUCCCCGCCAGACGCCGAGCUGAUCUACCAGGCCAUGCAGGACAAGGUGCACCAGCCCUACCGCAAGACUCUGAUCCCCGGGCUCCCAGAAAUCCUGGCCUCGGUCACUCCCAAGUCGCACCCCGGUCUCCUGGGAAUAUGUCUUUCCGGUGCCGGGCCCACGAUCCUGGCCCUGGCUACCGACAACUUCGAGGGUAUCGCCAACGAGAUCCUGGCGCGCUUCAAGGUGGAAAACAUCACCUGCGACUGGAAGCUGCUGGAGCCGGCCCACGAGGGUGCGCAGGUCAUCCAUUCGUAGAGUAAAAAGUCGGGGACAUGGUCAAAAUAGAAUAAUGUGGGUCUUGGCGUAUGUGUGCAUCUAAAAAAGCGUGGGAUCGUUGCAACAUUACAAUUACAUU